AUGUCACGAUUAAUUUUUCUUACGCUUCUCUUAGCUUUUAUUGGGCUUACUUCAGCCCAGGUUGGACAAAUCAACACACCUAGUAAUGAAAUUGCAAUUGGUGCCAAUGUUAUGGUCACUUGGACGUACACCGAACAAGCAACUCAGAUUCCAGGCAUUUUAAGUUGUAUCGAUAACACAACAAAAAAUACAAUUAUACUUAGUAAUGCAAUAAAUGUCUCCACUAAAACUUAUACAUGGUUGGUCAAUGUUCCCGCGAGUGCUUAUUACCUUGCUCUUAACGAUGGUAGUGGUGAUAAUACUAGAACAAGUGAAUCAUCAAAACCAACCACAACACCAGCCAGCUUGUCCAGUUCUGCUACAAGCUUCACUGGAUCAUCCAUUUUUGGAUACAAAUUUUUGCUUAGCCUUAUUAUGGUGGCAACAGUAAUG